AAUACUAUAAAUAUUGACAAUACUAACCAUUUUAAACCACAAAGUAUUAAAACAAACACAUAUCCUAAUAUAAAUUAUCAAUCAAGUUCACAACAGUACACAAAUGAAUUUAAAGAUUAUAUAAAAGGAAGAUAUUUGUCAGCGCCUGAAGCCGCAUGGAGAAUCUUCCGUUAUCAUAUAACUUCAACAAACCCACCAGUACAAGCACUUCCUAUUCACCUGUUUAAUACAAAUAUCCCACAAUAUUCACGCUCAUACAACACUUCAACUGUAUCACUUUUAAAUCGAUAUUUCUUUCAACCACCGGAAUCUUUAUUUGAUAAACUUAAAUAUACAGAAUACUAUGAACAAUAUUUAUUAUAUCCUUUCAAGCAACAAGAUGUACGCGAAAGUGAUUUUCUUGAACAAGAACAAGCUGGUGUACUAAGAAAAAUUGUACGAAAGCGAACUACUAAUAAAAUCACUAGAAUUGUUUUGAUAGCUCCAGGAUCUGGUGAACUUUUCUAUCUAAGAUGCAUUUUAAUGCAUCGUGCAGUUAGAACAUGGGACGAAAUAAAAGUAUUUAAUAAUAUUGCAUAUUCGACCUAUCAAGAAACUGCACGUGAAAUGGGUUUAUUUGCAAACGAAAAUGAAA